AUGGAGAGCUAUGAUCAGAAAACUGAACAGUCCAUAAAUAGACCUGUAGAAUUUCUCUCAUUUAUAAAGAAUAUUCCUAGCAUUAAAACAAAGGGUAUUUGUAUUCUUACAAAACAAGCCCUUCUUUCCCUGAGUACAGAAGUCAACACAGAGAACUUGAUUCAAGAAUUAGAAGAAAUCCAAAUUAUAGAUCAAACAGGAAAAAGAAAAGUAGAAAGUGAAUGUCUACUUAAACUGAUGCCUACACCCGUGUUGCAAAAAUCUGUCACAGUGAGAGGUAUUAGCUUUGUAAAUCACAUUUCCAUGGUGACCUCAGAGCGGGUCUGGGUCAGUGACCAUGAUGAUAUCUAUUUGACAAACACAGUUGGUGAUGUCAUGUGUCAUGUGACAGAUGUACUGAAAGAGAUUUGGUGGGGAAUACAUUCAGUGACAGGUGAUGGUGAACUUAUCUAUAUAAACAGAGAAGGCAAUAUCAACAAAUUGUCUGUAGACAAUAAUGUAAAAAUUACAAUGAUAACGAAAAUGGAACCAUGGGAACCGAGCUGUGUCUAUUGCUCUCCAGCGACUGGAGAUCUGCUAGUUGGAACAGUGAGACACAAUACAUACACAGGCAAGAUAACUCGAUACAACAGUACAGGACAACAUGUCAAGACCAUCCAACAAUAUCUUCAAGGUCACGAACUAUAUAACCGUCCCAUCUUUGUCACAGAAAAUCGUAACGGAGAUGUUAUUGUGACCGACUUGACCCAAAGUGCCGUAGUGGUGACAGACCACGGAGGAAGACAUCGCUUCUCCUACACAGGGUCUGCAUCAGAGAUACCAUUUACUCCCUUUGCACUUUGCACAGAUGCAUUUUCGCACAUUCUAGUGUACGAUAAUUAUGCAGAUGCCGUGCAGAUGAUUGACAAAGAUGGCCACUUCUUGUCAGUUCUACUUUCUACAAAGGAACUUGGGAUAAAUUUAGCGCAGUGUCUGAGCUAUGAUUAUAGAACUCACCAUCUCUGGGUUGGAUCAAGCAAUGAUACAUUGUCUGUUUUUAGAUAUAUAAAUAGAGUGGACUUUAGAACUGGUAGGUACUAG